AGAAACUUUUGCAACAACUAUCAUUUUUUCAGACUAAACACAACCUCGAACUCGAAAAUAGUUUAGCUAGAAAUAAUUUUAAAAAAUAUACACGAUAAACACUUAAGAAUUGAUACCUUUGAACCACAUUAUAAAAGAGUUUCAAAUUACAAGUGUUUCUCUUUCGAUUGUCAAAUAAUUAUGAAAGUUUUAAGUUUAAUUUUCUUCAUCGCAGGCACGCUGCUCGUUAGUCAUGCCGCAGAUCGAGAGUAUAAGGUAUUUUGCCACUGGGAUAUUGAGUCGAACAAUCGGAUGUCGCUUAGCACUUUUAGAUUGUACUCGAUUGACACACAGCUCUGCAACCAUAUUGUUUUUGGCUCCGCUACAAGUUUGGAUCCAAAGGGAUCCGGUGAAUUAAGCAUUAUCAACGAGGAAUUGCUUGUAAAAAAUGGACUCUUGGAGCAAAUCGUAAACAUGAAACGUGAUAAUAUUAAGACAAUUCUCUCCAUUGGUGGUGGGAAGGAUCAGUCGAACAUGUUCUCCAAGAUGGCAGCCGAGGUAAAGCAACGCGACAAAUUCUAUGCAUCGCUUAUCAAGUUCCUCUACAAAUGGGAAUUCAAUGGCAUUUUCAUCGACUGGGAGUACCCCAUGCGAGACGAUCGCAAUAACUUUGCCAACUUAUUGAAGGAACUCCGAGUAAUUCUACACGAACAUCACUUUAUGAUUAUGGUUGUGGUUUCUGCCCGCUUGGACGCAGUGACUCUGGCCGCCUAUGACAUUCCCCAAAUAGCAAAGAAUGCUGAUUUUAUGGUCCUAAAUACCCAUGAUGGCCACGAUCCAUAUAGCCGUCAACUUAACUACAACGCGCCACUUUAUGGCAACGGCAGCCGGAGUGUGGAGCGCAGUGUUCUCCACUGGGUGAAGCAUGGCAAGAUACCAGCGAAGCUACUGCUUGGUCUGCCGCUCUUUGUGCACACCUACACCCUGGACGAGCUGAGCAAUACGAUGGUGGGUGCUGCAAGCAAGGGACCGGGUCGCCAGCAUGAAUAUUCCAGCCGGCCGGGAUUCAUGACCGUUGGCGAGUUCUGCCUGCAGGCAUCCAAGUGGGAGAAGAAAUACGACAAGCUGGCCGAGGUGCCCUAUGCCUACGGCGAUGACCAAUGGGCUAGCUAUGAGAAUGGACGUAGCCUCAGUGCAAAGUUGCAUCUGGCCAUGAAACAUGGUUUGGGUGGCGCCAUGGCCUGGUCCAUCGAUGCCGACGACUUCGAGGGUAGAUGCGGCGAACGCUUUGGACUGCUCCGGGUGAUCAUCGCAUUAAUUGGCGAUCCGAACACGCUCACCACUCAGGCACCAACCACCGAAGGUUUCGGUCUGUGUCCACAGGAUGGCUUCUUUAGGCAUCCGUGGGACUGUCGGCUGUAUCACGAGUGUCGUCAUGCUCAACGCACCGACUAUGAAUGCCCUGUCGGCGACUAUUUUGUUGAGGAGCUUGCUCAGUGCCAGCCCUCGAAGCAAGUGAAAUGCAAUCAGAACUUUGUCACCUGGCGACCAGGCGAUGAUGGCUACAACUAUCACAACCUGCCACUGAAUCUAAAGAUUGUUCAGUGAACACCAACCAUUAUUGAUAGACAAAAAUAAAAUUUUUCGUGUAAA